AGGAGCAUUUAAUGUAAGGACACUUUGCCAAAUAGGACAACAAGCAUCACUAGCUAAGACCCUGGCAUCUCGAGCCAUUGAUGUAUGUUGUGUUUCAGAAACACGCAUACAAGACCCAAGUGUGGUUAUUCACCUAAACCCACCUGGCCAACAGGAUGAAUCUUCAAAAUUCACCUUGAGGGUGUCAGGAGAUGCCACAGCUAGUUCACGGGGAUUAGCUGGCGUAGGGAUAGCUCUGAGUACUAGGGCAGAAAAGACAUUGCUUGACUGGAUCCCAGUAGAUAGCCGAAUGUGUGCUGUCCGUCUGAACGGAUCAGUAAGAAGGAGAAAGGACUGCACUACUCGCCGAUGCCUUUUCGUAAUCUCCGCCUACGCCCCCACUGACUGCAGUUCAGAUGAAACGAAGGAUGAGUUCUACCAAAAGCUGUCUAGUUUGGUGAGAAAGGCUAAACGCUCAGACAUAGUCGUUCUAGCUGGUGACUUUAACGCUCAAGUAGGGAAAUUGUGUCAAUCUGAGAAGGAUGUCGGUGGCACCUAUGGAGUUCCGUACCAGCGAACCGACAACGGUGACCGUCUCCUACAGUUCUGUUCAGAUAAUCAUUUGUUCCUUGUAAGCACUAACUUUAAACACAAGGAGAGACACUGUUUAACCUGGCGACCCCCAUCAUCAAACCAACGCUGGACACAAAUAGACCACAUAGCAAUAAGCUAUCGUUGGCGUGGGUCGGUAGGAGAUUGUCGCUCCUUGUGGAACACGUGUGUAGAUACCGAUCAUGCACUGGUCCGGGCUCGUGUGUGCUUACGACUGAACGGACGUAGGAAACAGCUGGCGGUAAAACCAUUACGCCCCCAGCUCGAUCAGGAAACUAAAUCCCUAUUUGAGGAAGAACUAGCUAAACGCAUAUCUGAAUCCGACAGCUGUGCUCACCCUGGAGAAGCCUGGAAGAAUAUUCAGUCAGCUAUAGAUACAGCUGUAAAAGCUGUGAAUAAGACAAAUCCAAAGGUGAGUAAAAACCACUGGAUUUCGACUGCCUCAUCCGAACUGAUGGAUGCUAGAAGACUUAUUCCGGCGAGCUCCGAAUUCAAUGAGGAGCGAAAGCUGCACAAAAGGAAACUUACUAAAAGUCUCCGCAAAGACCGUGAACAGUGGUGGGUGACAAAGGCGAAAGAGAUGGAAAAAGCAUUGGCGAUAGGCAACACUAGGCAACUCUUUAGACUCAUCACAGAAUCGGGCGGGAAAAGGCAAUUCAUAAGUGAGACUAUUUCUGAGAAAAAUGGCUCCUUAAUUAGCUCUCAGGAUAGACGCCUUGAACGCUGGAAAGAACACUUUGAGGAACAAUUUAACUUGCCUACAGCCACACUGAACCUCCCCGCCAUCCACCACGUACCCGAAUGGGAUAUAGACACUGGUCCGCCGUCUGUAGGUGAGGUUACAAAAGCUAUCAGUAAUUUGAAACGAGGCAAAGCGGCAGGACCCGACGGAAUUAUUCCGGAGGUGUUUAAAUAUGGGGGUGACAUACUAGUUUGUAGAUUAACUGAGGUACUAGGCAAAGUCUGGGAAUCAGAGACAGUACCAUCUGACUGGGGUAAGUCACUCAUUAUACCGAUAUUCAAGAAGGGAAACAAGUCCUCGUGUGAUAAUCAUAGGGGGAUCAGCCUAACGAACAUAGUCUCUAAAAUCCUAGGCUCAGUAAUCAUGCAUAGACUAAGCAGAACUCGGGAGGAACAGACAAGGGAAAAUCAAGCAGGCUUUAGACCAGGUAGAGGGUGCAUAGAUCAUAUCUUCACUCUUCGACAGAUUCUAGAACAUAGACACACUUUUCGGCGUCCAACAAUUGUCAUAUUUCUUGACUUGAAGGCGGCCUUCGACUCCGUGGACCGAAAAGUACUAUGGCAAUGUCUGACUGUGAAGGGAGUGCCAAGAAAGUACAUUGCACUAAUUAAGGCACUCUAUUCAAACUCACGUAGUCGUGUAAGGGCUUAUGGGGAAUUGUCAUCUGAAUUAGUAACAACCAGUGGUGUCCGACAGGGAUGUCCACUUUCCCCAUUUCUGUUUAACUUCAUCAUAGAUAUGCUAAUGGAAGUAUCCUUAACUGAACGUAGUGACUUAGGAAUCGACUUGUUACCAGGGAAUAAUCUAAUGGACUUAGAAUAUGCAGAUGACAUAGUCCUGUUAGGGGAGGAUGCUGACAAAAUGCAGAGUCUUCUGAACACCUUGAGCAGCAAUCUUCGUAUGUUUGGCAUGCGAUUCGCCCCUGCAAAAUGUAAGAUGCUGCUACAGGACUGGACGACGUCAACCCCUAACUUAGUGAUAGGGAGUGAAGUGAUAGAACAUGUUGACCACUUCACCUACUUGGGAAGUUGUAUCAGCACCAACGGACUGAUUGGCGAUGAAAUCUCAGCACGGAUCCGAAAAGCUCGAGCUGCUUUCGCUGACUUACACCAUCUCUGGCGUAGGCGUGACAUCCGGUUAUCAACCAAGGGACGUGUGUACUGCUCAUCAGUUCGCUCCGUCCUUCUCUAUGGCUCUGAAACAUGGCCAAUACGCGUUGAAGACAUGAAAAGGUUGACUGCUUUCGAUCAUAGAUGUCUGCGAUCUCUUUCUCACGUUAGGUGGUUUAAUAAGGUAAGUAAUGUUGACGUUAGGCGUAGAGUGUUGGGCAAAGAGGGAAAAUCAAUCGACGAGGUUAUAAAGUUACAUAGACUAAGAUGGCUAGGUCACGUGGUGCGCAUGCCUAACCAUCGCCUCCCCCGACGGGCAUUGUUAGCUGAUAUAGGUUCAGGUUGGAAAAGAGCCAGUGGUGGCCAAACAAAAACAUGGCAUCAAUCCAUGAAAUCCUUGACAGUUAAACUGAGUCAGGUAGGGAGAUGCAGACUCCCGGGUUGGGGCCCUCGCGACUCUAGGAAUCAAUGGCUGGAGACAAUAGGUGACAUGGCUCAAAAUCGUUGUCAAUGGCGCAGAUGUAUUCAAUCUCUGUAAUCUUUCAUAUUCCUUUCUACAAUUACCCAUUCUGUUUCACUCUUAUAUUUGUCAAACUCUAUUGAUUCUCUUCACUCAUCU